AUAUCUGAACAUUCGACACUUGAAAAAUGUGUCAGUUAAAUUUUAUAACAAUGUCUACCCAGAAUGAACACUUUGAUGAAAUUCUUAUGAAUUUGGCCGUUAAGCAUAGCAGAGGCUUGCCUGAAUUCCUUCAAACUUUGGCCAGUUUUCUGCGUCGUAAGACCGAUUUCUAUAUCAAAGACGAGCAAAAAGGAUGGGAGGCUCUUCUGCUGAAUGUCUUUCGCAAGGAAUACAAAAUUCAUGCCACCUCGCAUAAGGACCAAGAUGCUGAUAAUCUGAAAAAUUAUGCCCAUCGUGAUGAACUUGCCAGAGCUAUAGCAGAUAUAGAUGAUCUUGGUAAAUUUCUACCAAAUGCUGGCAAUGGUUGUACUUUGGACCAGUACAUGUGGACUCAAACCCUAAAGGAAGUAGAAAUUGAAAUCCCCUUUAAGGUGUUAUUCGAUUUGCGUAUUGAAAAUCUCGAUAUUCACAUUGUUAAACUAGACGAGUGUGUUUGGGUUCUUCAGGAUACUAAAACUGUUUUAAUUACAUUGCAAAAAAUUGAUCAAAACUCUUGGUGGGAUCGCUUGGUGAUGACAGAUCCAGAAAUUGCCCUAAGUAAAAUUGAACCAGAGCCAUCAAAACUUAAUGAAUUAAAUCCUAAUGAGCGUAAAAUGAUGGAAAAGCUGAUAUAUGAGGAACGUCAAAAGGAUUUGGGCUUAUACACCGAUUUAAAUCAAACCAAAGAAGAUUGAUUUAAGAAAUUCAAACCAUUGAAAUAAAGAUACAUCAUAUCCUUAUAGAA